AUGGUGGGACUGGGGUCUGGGCAGGACGAUACACUAUUAUUCCCGCAUAUCCACGUGCCAAGGGCAAUGGCAAUUCGUGGCGCUGGAUGCUCGUCCACAAGUGUACUGGGAAACCUCUCUGGAGUUGCAGACUAUGCGAGUUUGAGACUGAUACCUAUGGUGAUUUCGUCGACCUCAUGA